CGUUCGGCCGAUCCGUCAGUCAGUAGUGUAUGAAUUCGGCCUCGCGCUUUGCACGUAUCCAUAGAAUAUACAUAUAGGAAACAUACGUCUCUGUCUGAUUGAAAGAAAGCAAAGCCCGAGAACAACAAGAAGAAGAAGAACAGUUGCAGAAAGAAACGAAAAAAAUUCACGAAAAUUACAUCAAAUUUUGCUCUCCUGAAAUCCGGUGCGUGUGUUCUGCUAGCAUCACCCGGAGGACGCGAAAAAUCCGGAUAAUAAGUGCACGGAUCCAGGAAGGACUCUUUAGACGCGGAGGAAACAUUUCUUCCCAGAUAUGUGCAGCUAGUUGAAAUAUGAACGUUUUCAACCAAAUAAUACCUAGUAUGAAUCCGCAAGAACUAAGUACUAUGGUUUGGAUGGGACAGUUCGCUUCGCCACUGGAUGAAAACCUCACGAACCUAUAUGGCCAGCCGGUGCCGGCAGUGAUGGACGAUAUCACGCAGUCCUCUUCAAUGGACAUCAAUCCGGCAAUCGGACCGCUAAUAGGGGAUUACAGUGGCCACGUGACGGCAAUUCCCACGCCAUCCGGCGGGCUAGCAACGAUUCCGAAUUCCGAUCUGGCCAUCACUAAUCCCGAACUGUUCAAUCUCCAGCAGCAACAGUUGCAACUGCAGCAGCAGCUCAGCCUCGGAAAUUACAGCUUCCUGGAGCAGAGCGCCCUCGCCGGUCAGCUGGCGGGAGUUGGUGGCACUGGCGGGCCCGAUGGAGAUGACGCGGUCGGAGUGACAAGAAUAGUCGAUGAUGAUGACGAAGACGAUGGUCUCAACGAUGAGGAGCACGCGAUGCAAACGUACGAACGGUACCAACGAAUGGUGGAUGCCAGCAAUGAAUUUCUGUCCGUCACGGGACAGGAAAAUUUACUAAGUUACAAGCUGAUGAACGAAGCCCAGCUGCUGCAGCCACAGGGCAGUUUUCUCGACUAUGAUGGAAGUACAAAUGACGACGGUUCGUCGAGUCCGACCCACGAGAGUUUAGUACUUAGCAGCAAACAGCUCGCAGCAGCGGCGGCGGCCACGCCAGGUGGUCAGAACAGUGGGGAGAUGGGAGCUGGAACGAUACGAUUUCCCAACAAGAAGAUCAAACCUGUGAAACGGCCCGGACUCGUGCUGAAGACUCCGAUUGCCUAUAAAGGCGACAUCGACCCAUCGGUGAUUCCAAUCCAACGCGAUGGCAUGGCAAUUUGUGAAAAGUGUGGCGCAAUAGGUGUGAAGCACUCAUUCUACACCAAGCAACGACGAUUCUGUAGCAUGACCUGCGCUCGAUCCUUCGACGCGUUACGUUUGUACAGCGGUACCAACAACACCAGCGGAAACAGCUCUGUAAGCGCGCUCAUCAGCAGCAAAUCGAUAGCGUCUCUGGAGGAUAGCAUACCACCGCUAGGAACACCCUCGGCGCUGCCCCCGGAGCAGUUAAUAGACGACUCCGCCGACGAGGAUUCUUCCAACGUCGCUCCGGCGGAGAUCGACAGCAAGCAUCAUAUCCUGCAGCAGCAACAACAGCUCCAGCUACAGCAGCAGCUGGCUCUACAGCAACAAAAUCAACAACAGUCCCAGCAACAAGUACAAAAUUUCAGCUAUAGAUUCAAAAUGUCACAUGUCGGAAGCGACAACAGCAACCACGGUGUAAAUAGCGACAAAGCAAUCAACCACGAGAUCGUUGCACAGGAUGAAAUUCCGCAACUUCCGAGGGGAACCCGGUUGGCGUCACCCUGUCCUCAGGACGAGCGAAUAAUAAGCAUUCGAAGGAAGCCAUCGGAAUUCAUGAACUCCUUCGAUUGGACAGCCUCGUUAGCGGAUCCGAAAUUCUUCGCAGCUCCGGUGACGUGUUUUCGGCACGCUCCCGGCUAUGACAUGUGGCCUAACGUGGUCAUUGGAAUGAAGGUGGAAGUCGAAAACACGGACAGCGAUAUGCAGCAAGCAAUGAUCGGCGGAACGCCCCAUUCGUUUUGGGUGGCGACCGUCCUGAGAAUAUGUGGCUACAAAGCCCUUCUUCGUUACGAAGGAUUUGACACGGAUCCUUCGAAAGAUUUUUGGGUAAACCUCUGCUCGUCGGAAGUCCAUCCUGUUGGUUGGUGUGCCACUCGGGGUAAACCUUUGAUCCCACCUAAAAGUUUAGCCAAGCCGUACAAAGAUUGGAAGGAGUUCUUGGUGAAACGACUCUCUAACGCGAGAACAUUGCCCUCUACGUUUUAUAAUAAAAUCAGCGAUAGCUUUAAGUCGCGCUUUCGCGUGGGUUUGAACUUGGAAGUGGUGGAUAAGAAUCGAAUAAGCCAAGUCAAGGUAGCCUCGAUCAACAAAGUCGUGGGGAAACGGCUUUACGUGAGAUACUACGACAGUCCACCAGAUGACAACGGUUUCUGGUGCCACGAGGACUCCCCCCUUAUUCAUCCUGUGGGCUGGGCAACUACGGUUGGACACAACUUGGCCGCACCAGAGGAGUACAUGGAACGGAUGAAUGCUGCCCGAGAUCAAAUCCUAGAGGCAAACGAAGAUGACGCCACAAUGGAUCUGUUCAAAACCAAUUUCCACUUCGAAGAGUAUUAUCUGGAGGGUAAACAGACCGGUUUCGAGGAGGGUAUGAAACUGGAAGCCGUCGAUCCGCUCAAUCUUUCCUCAAUAUGCGUGGCGACGGUGAUGUCGGUGCUGAAGUUUGGCUACAUAAUGAUCCGCAUCGAUUCGUACGACCCGGACGUGAGUGGAGCGGAUUGGUUUUGCUAUCAUGAAAAAUCUCCCUGCAUUUUCCCAGUUGGUUUCUGUUCGACCAACCAGAUCACCCUGACACCCCCCAAGGGAUAUGAUUUGAGCAAUUUUACCUGGGAACAGUACCUCAUCGACACAAACAGCAAACCCGCCAUGGAAAACCUGUUCUACCGGGAUAUCAUUCGGCAGAAGUUCAAGGUUGGAAUGAAACUGGAAUCCGCGGAUCUGAUGGACCCACGGUUGAUUUGUGUGGCAACUAUUUCACGUGUCGUCGGCCGGCUGCUGAAGGUUCACUUCGACGGCUGGGAUGACGAGUACGACCAGUGGCUGGACAGCGAGAGCCCGGACAUCUAUCCGAUCGGGUGGUGUGUGUUGGUUGGCCACAAAUUGGAAGGACCCCGCGUGAUGCCCAAAAUCCCACCGACGCAAAAAGUGUCCCCCAAAAUGAUCAAGAAGGGGAAGCGAAAGAAGAAAAUGAUGAAGUUUGAGUUGAAUACAGCAGACUUGCAUCCAGUUCCCACGACGCGCACAGCUUCGAUCAAGAAGGAACAGGAACAGUUCGAGCAGCAGAAGCUGCUCAGUGCAACCCAGAACAGCAUCCCAUUCUCGAUAGCUCAGCUGCAGAGUAACUUGGAUCAAAUCCAGUAUUCCAGCCACAGCACGGCGGCCUCACUGGAAUCUCACAGUAUCAGUAGCGGAACGUCAUCUUCACUGCUGUCAAUCAAACACGAACCUCCACACGAUCCGUUGCUUGGGCCGAUAUUCGAUCAAUCGAAUGAGAGCAUUAUCGUGGGAGACGAUGACAUGAGUGGUGAUCUCAAAACCGAAGAUGAAGACGGCGAAUCUAAUAGUGCCACAGGAAAUCCCUCCUCGGUUCCCUCGGAAAUAACCGACAUCGAUAUGGAGAAAAUCAUUCCAAGGCUAAUCAACGACAACGGGAGUAAUUCUCCUGAGCCCGCUAACGGUCAGAUCAAUCCUGACAGUUGGGAUAUCAAGGACGUUGCAAUGUUCCUAACGGCAAAUGAUUGUUCGGUUCAUUGCGAUCCGUUUGUGGCGAGUGGGAUCGACGGGAAGCGGCUGCUUCAGCUCAGUAAGGACGAUAUCAUCACUUUGCUUCACAUGAAAGUGGGGCCUUCGUUAAAAAUCUAUGAUCUCAUUCAGCAACUAAAGUGCAAAAUCGAUCCGAGCAAGUCGCGGCUACUUAAGUCUAGCCUAGGCAAAAAGUAUCUGUAGCGAGGGGUAAUCAAUUGCGUAUCGUGGAACCCAAAUGAGAUGAAAACAAGGGACAAAUUCAAGAGUAUUAAUUUAUUUCUCUGUUCUUCAUUUGCGCCACAUUUGCUGGUUUAUAUAGAUUUUUUUUUUCGUUUUUAUAGGUAGAUUUUUUCCGUGUAGCAAGAUUUAUAGGUCUUUUUUAAGUGAGUACCCUUUCUGUUGUGAUGAAAGCGAAACGAGUUUUAAAAAAUAGUGUCGAUGGGAUUCCAAAGCUUUGCGUCGAUGAAUAUGAAGUCAGAAACUUAUGCGCAUAAUAUUUUUUCGCGAAACAACAUUUCCAGUGAGAUAGAAAAGCAAAGUGUAGAAAGCAAUUACCAAAAAAGUUACACAAAACAAAGGAAAUCACGCCGCACCACAAUGGGAACUCUAUUCGGUGUUUAAAGGGAUGUGAAGCAGAUUCUAGCUCGAUUUGCGAUAGUGUCUAAACAAAGAAACAAGCAAACAAACAAACAAUAAUACAAACGUAUAAAGAGAAAAGGUAUACACGUAUUUGUAAAAAUCUAAAAGUCUUAAAAUGCUAAAGUGGUAGUAUAAUGGUUCAGAAUUUAUUGAAGCAUCUUUUUUACGAGGAAAGAGAAAGCUAAAUUGUAUAUUUAGAUUAGAGUAGCGGAUACAUGAGAGAAAUACAAAGCAAAGGAGAUAAUGUUUCUUGGAAAA